UGUCGACUAUCUAUGUCUCCGUCAAUAUAUAGAGUUGUCACUUAACCAGAAACGCUUCAACAGAAAAUUAACGUCCCUUUGCUAAUCCUUUUGCUUUGCUACUGCUUCACUCUGCUACUCACAUCUUUCAUCAUGGCAUUCAGGUCUUCGAAUUUGUGGAAAUCUAUGGCUACUCGUGUUAGCGUAAAUUCUGGUUUUGCAAAAUCAAAUAUUACCAAAUUGAGGUCAUAUGCCAGUACUGCUGAGCAUGCAGACGCUAAGCCCAGGGGACUGAAAGGAGAGUUUGUUCCAGUGUAUGUGGCGCUGGGACUAAUAGCACUAUCCGUGGGUUUUGGGGUACAUACAGCCACGCAUCAGCUGAAGCGGGCGCCCAAUGUCUCCUUGAAGAAAUCAAGGAGAGAAACUGUACCGGAAGUCGCCGAACCGGAUAGUGUUGUGGAUGAUGGAAACAGCUUCAUAAAGAAAUCUUUCUUCCGAAAGGUGGCUCAUGUCCAGGAUUUUGAUAAUCAAUCUGUCAUGCCUGAUCCCAUGCGUGGGGAUGUCCUAGCUAGGGAACCUCAUGCUGAGACGUUGAAAUCUGUUGGGGUGAAUCCCAAUCAGAAAUUGUAGUGAGUUUUAUGCAUUUUGGAUCCAUGACGUGGGUGUUAUAUAUCCGCCAGGUGAUGUGACGACGUAUUCUCAACUUUUUGAAGACCUGUAUAUAUAGCGUCGUAGCACAUUAUAAAUAAAAUGCUUAUAUGUAUGCAUUUCCAGCUAAUCAUGUUCGACUUGAAUAAGUUACAGUUGUAGUAUGUUUUUACGAUCUAUGAGAGCACAGCAAGUUUUGGGUUAAA